CAAUUUUUAGUCGAGGCUUAACGCCCGAAGAAGAAACAUCAAUUCGAAAAGAAAUUAGCGUGCCGCGAGCCGGUAGCUCAUAUAAUAACACAAAAAAAAAUCCAUAGGAAAUAUGCCGGAUUCGUCGUGAGAGCGAGAGACCAAUUGCGAGUACAUGCCGGUCAUGUGGUAGAAAGGGACGGUAACAAAGAUUUCAACGUUGUUCAGUUUGGUACGAGGCAGGUCUCGCGCAAACAAGAGAAAGAGCGUAGACCAAGAAGAACGCACGGGCAGGCCUGGUUUCAAUACUGAAGAAAAGGACACUAGUGAAAAAGCCACGGAUCGAGCGCGUGUGUAUUGUGGCAAGUGAAAGAAGAAAAUCGAUAUUAUGUGAAUGUGUCAAAAUCAGGUCACUGUGGAUUUAAAGCAAGCCAGGCUGCAAAGCCGUAGAUCGAUGCCUGAUUAGUCUUAAAGUUAGACAAAUCACAAAUAAAAUUUGACAAAAAGUGUGAUACUCGUUUUGGACCGUCGAUCGGUUGCGAAAACAUAUUCGUGUCGUUUCGCGAAUUUAACGAAAAAUCAUUUGGUCCCUCUUAGUGAAGACUGAGCUGAAGACGUUCGCGAAGAUUUGGGAAUAGAGGAACAGCACGAGCACACGAGCAGUCGGAUUUUUUGCUGUCAGUCUAAUUCCACAUUAUCGACUGCAACGAUCAAAUUAUCAGCGCCAUUUCGUUUUAAGAAGACUGAGUUCUUGCAGCCAACAGCAUCCAAUUUUCAUCAGAAGCAGGAGCAAACUACCGCCGGUGAUUACACUGUCUACGCACGUAGAGCCGUUUGCAGUAGUUUGGAAUUUCAUUAGCUGGAUGUUCCUGAUAAGUGUUAAUUUGGUGGCAACGACGAAAAUAAAGUGAAACCACGUCAGAAUUCGAUUGUGAUCUGAAUUAAUAAAGUUGAAGCAUAUCGGUAGAUUUGGAAAUUGCAUGUAUACGGUGCCAAAUAAAAAAGUGUGUGUUAAUGAAUAUUAAGCAUUAAAAUAAAAGAGAAAAUUCCAAUGAAAAUUGGUUGAAGUGUGGAUUGGCAGUGUCGUUCACCCGUUCAGGUGGUUCGGGUAACACCUCGGGGUCUAGCAUCGGAGUGGAAUAAAAUCAAUACCACCAACACUAUCAGCACUAGCAGGAUGGCAAUGGCAGCAUGUUAUUCAAACUAUGAGCUCUCGGCGGGUUCAGGAAUCUCCCACCAGCAGCAAGCCCAGUUGCAUCACAUACCUGUGUCCACGAGGCUGACUAGCGCUGCACCUAUGGCACAGAAGGACUAUAGUAUUCCGCUACAUGUAGACUGCAGUGUGGAGUAUGAAUUACCAAAUCAAGCCAAACCUCCAGUAGGAGCUCGGGUGGAACCGUUAUUGAUGAUUCAUCCCUGUUAUUUUCGUAAAAUGGAAAGUCAGCGACGCAGUCCAUUUAUAAAUAAUAUGCCAAAUUCAUCCCGUAGUUCUAAUUCAAUUGUUGCCAAUGUUGUUGAUUCGUCAUCGAUGAGCCGGCGCAGCUCAAAAUCUAGUUCACAGCAAACUUCGCAGCAGCCGCAGCAACAUGUUGUAGUCUCUAGUCAUCAAAGCAGUAUGCAUCAUCAUCAAAAUCUACAGCAACAGAUUGAUGAAUACGUACAGCGACAGAUGGCUCAAAGGUCCCAACAGGCGCACUAUCCUGUGGGAGCAAGCAGUCAACAGCAGCAGCAACAACAACAGUCACAGCAUGUUCAAUCACAACAUCAUCGCCAUCAUUCGCAUCAACCACCGCCACAGCAACAGCAAAUCCAUCAACAGUCACAUGUAUCCAGUCAACAACAAUCCUCCAAUCAAUACAGUUUGCAAAGUCAGCAGCAGCAACAACAGCAACUAGCAAAUACCUCAGACUGGAGCCGUUACAUGGGCCCCGACGGGGUAGUUCGGAACUACGGAAAGGUCAAUAUAGCCAAUCAAACUGCCUAUAGCAACAGCAACAACAACAACAACAACAGCAAAUCAAAAGCUAUUAAACGUUGUAAUACGGGUAUGACCCAGUUGGCGCACACAAAUGCCGCCGGCACUGGUCAGCAACAACAGCAGCCGAAUUUGAUGCCGGCCAGCUGUGCUGCAUUCAAUAGUAACAGCAGUUUGGAGGGUGGCCUGCCAUCCGGUCCUCGGUGGGACGUUGAAAAGACUUCAAUGGCCGCUGUGCCUCGUGAUUUUCAGGCUGGUCCCGAAUCGUUACCGAUCAAAGUGAAUGCUAGUCUACUGGCGAGCGGAAAUAGUUCCCAAACUGCCAGCAGUAACAAUAAUAACUAUCAACCGUCGGCAACAAUGUACCGAAAUCCGUCGGUCGUUGGCAAACGUGAUGCUAUGCUUUCUGGAGGCUGUGGUGUAUAUAGUAAUAGUAGCAACAAUAAUAACAAUAACACUAGUAUCAAUAACAGCACGGAACUGGGACUAUCAACUAAUGGUCUGUGGGACUCAGCGGCGCUUUUAGAGAAAAGUCCAAUGGCUACGAUACCACGUGACUAUCAAGCUGGUCCAGAUCACAUGUCGUGUGGCAAAAUGGUGGGCGCUGGCAGUGCCAUGCUCACAUCCGGCCAUGCGUUGCUGCGAAGCAGCAAUCAUCACACCAGUUCCAGUAGCAAUAGCAUCAAUAGCAGCAGUAGCUAUCAGUCGGAAAAGGUUGCUCUGUUCGGCAAGUAUCGACAGCACCAGAGGACAUCCCAUCGACUGCAUCCCUACAUGAUGACCGGUUCGAUGGGCGGUUCAUUUCCGCCGCUGAUGGCUCCAGCAUUCCCUCAGAUGCAGCAAGUGUCGUGUUACAAUGUGUGAUUUUAAUGCUUAUCGGUAAAGAAAAAAUUGAUGAGAGUAAAUGAAAAGAAGGAAUAAUUUAUUAAUGAUUAUUCUUUGCUAUAAUCUCUUUGUUUGUGUCUUAAAACGACGAAGAACAUGAAGGUAAAAAUAUAAAAAAAUAUAAUCGAGCAACUUUUUUUGUUGCAUUUAAAUGUGAUAGUAGUUUUACUCCAAGCAACUUCGAAAGAUAGUAAGAAAGUAAUGAUUACAAAAUAGGAUACAAGUUAAACAAAAUAUCGCUAUAUAUAAAAAUAUGUGUUCCAAAGAAAGUCAUGCGAAAUGUAGUGAAUGCAGAAAAAAAUGCUACAACAAAUGAAAAAGAUAGAAAUGCCGUCGGAUGUUUUAAAAGAGCAGAAGAAGCAAGAAAAUAAAGCUAAAACAGAAAUAGUACGAGAGUUCGAUAAUCCGCGAAAGUUGAAAAGUUUGUCGUGUACAGAUUACCACAAGGAAGAAAUAAGAAAAAAUAAAGUGCUGAUGAUGUGCAGGAUGUUGGAAGAGAUUGUGAGAAAAGAAUGAGUUGCAGAGAUUCCUAGCCACCAUUUUGGAUUACCGUUGAUGUUCUCAUCAGUCAUCGGAAAAGUACGACUGUUUUGUACCUCCAUUGACUAAAACUGCGCUACUGUGUGCGAAAUCAGCUUUACUCAUCAAUAUUUAUCAGUGAUAACCAUCGUUAUAGCCGUGGGGAAGUUUUAAGCUAUUCCAAAACGAAAUAUUGUCGGUUUUUGCAUCACUACCGACAUCACUAUCAUCAUCGUUCUUUAAAAACCAACACAAAGAUAAUCUACACGCAUCCGUUCGCCUGAGGCUAACAACUGUCAACGGACUGUCCCAUAAACUUAUCCAACCUUUGCCUGGACUAUUUGGAUUACCGAGUUUUCUUACUGCUAGUUCUUGGCUCCACUACUCAUCUCCUCGCUAAAAUAUAAAUUACACUUACUGAAAGCAAACAUACAAACACAUAAACACAUCUACAAUCACACUCACAACUAUGCGAGAACCCUCUUCCUAUCUAACUACAAAAUUGAGGGAUUAGAACUGAUUUCCGGAAUAUAUAUCUUAAUAAGUAACUAAAACGGUCAGAAACCUUUGAAAAGACACAACAUUUAGCUCGCCCUCGAAUGAUAUUGUUACGUUUCUAUUAUUAUUGGUUUGUCUAUGUUGAUUUGUUAUUUUCUAGAAACCAUUUCUUCUGUUUCAAUAAAGUGCUUUUAAGUAAACUUCAGUUCAUGAUUAUCGAAAUAAAAAAAAAACAUAAUUAUAUCGCAUAAAAAUAUUCUCACAGUGAAAGAUAUCCGUACAUGAGUCUAUGCGUAAGAUUUGCUAUCUAUCAUGAAAUUAUGAUUAUAUUUUAUUUUCUAUUAUGUUUCUUUUAUUAACGAGGAAUAAAAACUCCAUCUAGCUGCUUUAAACAAAAUUAACCGAGGGGAAAAAAUAGCAAAAAACAUAACGAGUCGUUGGAAUUAUUAAGCAAAAUUGUAUCAAAAAUUAUACCAAACGUAACCGAAACAAAAUAAAACACACCUUAGUGAGAAGAAGAGGAUAUAGGCAAGUAAAGCAGCAUGAAUGGUCGCAGUUAUUUCUUAUGUAAAACUGAAAACUAUAUGCGAAAACAGCAGUAACCUUGUUUGUACAUAUUCUUUAGGAGAAACGAAUGAAAAGGAAUGCUAAACAACUGAUACAGAUGCAUGCAAGUAUGCAUUAGUCGCAAAAACGCAAAGGAAAACUGACAGAAAAUUGAGUAAAACAGUAAACCAAUCGUGUAUAAAUUAUGAUAAUUUAAUAAUUUAAAAAAAGGUGAAGAAAACUAUGGAAAACCACGAAAAAUCAAAUGAAAAUAAUAAUCGCUCUUAUGCAAAAAGUUGAAA